UUCUGACUAGUUGAAUAAUUUCUAAAAAAAGAGAAAGAAAUAUAAUAUAUUGUAAUAUGAUUGAUUAAGAUGCAUUCAUGAAUACUUCCAAGCUCAGAAGAUCUCGCUAUGUAUUUUGAAUCUUUUGUGAUUGAAAGUUAUUAUUGAAAGCGCUCCGGAUUUAUUUUUUUUAGCGUUUAGGUUAGGGUUAGGUUCAAUGGCUGCUUCUCUAGAUGCGAAUCACACUUGUACUGUUGCAUACAGUACUUUGUGAAGCCAGAAAAAGAACUUCUGUAAUCAGGUCUUACCAUAUAAAUCGACAAAGCGCCUUGAGGCCAAUACAAAUCUGCUAAGGCGUGUUAUCGCUAUUCCCACCAACUCACUGGGAAAUCUGAAAGUGUGACCUCCGAAGCCUUGAUCCCGUAGAGGUGAGACAAUUAAGAAGGAAGUGUUGAGAUGGUCUACUUCGUCUUCCUCCAAACAGCUUCUCUAACUUGCAAUCUUACCGCGUGGAGACCGAUAGGAUAUUGACCAGUUAGAAACUCUACCAGGAGUGAAGUUGUGCUCCGUAAAUCAUUGCACUAGUUCGGAUUUAAUUUAAUAAACUUGAACUUGAGAACGAGGUUCUUAUGGUUCGAAUAUUUAAGUUCAUCUCGUGCGCUUGCUAAAGGUUAAGAUAUUGUAUGGAUUUUUCGAACCUAAUGUAUUUUCUAUUUUCGUACACGCAUUCUUUAUCAAAUUUUUUGACAUAUUUAAUUUGAAAUAUUUAAAAAAAAAAUGAAUUAAAAUUUUUAUUACAUACAUAUAUAUUAAAAUAUAUUCUAAAAUCGUGAGAGCUAACAACUCGGUUAAACUACGGAAAUAAAAACAAAGAAAAUGGUAUCUUGUCUCUGUGAAAUAUACAACAAUUGAAAGCGUCCCAAACACUACCAGCUCAAUUCUAAAAAAGGCGAAUACUCAUUUGUUGUUAAAAAACGCUAAGCAAAAAAAUUGCGAGAAGUUGUAGAUGACAUGUCAAAAUGUAAAUUGGAAAAGUGUAGCACUUCCUGCCAAAUUGACGACAACGAACCACUGCUAACUACUAAUAAUUGUGCGAGUACGAUUAAGCUUACAAAUAAAAACGAUGCAGGCAACGCUGCCACAGCUGAAAGUAGCUCAUCCGUCCUGGAGCAAACAGUACAGUCCCAAGGACUCAAGAGAUCAGUAGUUAUACCAAAACCCAGAGUGUUAAAUAUUUGUUCACUUAAUUCCGACACAAAAGAGUUUGAAAUACCCACAGGCUCAAAAUACACGUCACAAACAACAGUGGUACCAACUCAAAGCUGUCGCGUAGGUUUUAAUAAACCCAAGCAUUCUAGUCCACAAUUUCUAUAUGAACAAUAUCCACUUAAGCCGGCACUCCUGUACGAUAGCCCGUUGAGUUUCGUGCGCGAUCCACUAAAUCGUUUAGAUCAAUUAGAUUACUUGCAACAGAGCUCAUUGCAUUCCAUCACUUCGGUUUUGCCCACCUGUCAAUGUGCCUUUGGGCAUACGCAAUAUAAUCUGCCCGAGUAUGCUUCAAAUACACAAAAUUUCCGUCUAAUAAGUGGCGAGGAUGAAUGCAGAUAUAAUGAAAUAGCUAACGCCGCGUGGAAGACAAGAGAGGCCUUUGCAUUGACUAACGAUACAUCUUUGGAAAGUGUUUGUUCGACAUGUCAUCGUAAAGCAUUCAUAGUAUCGCCUUCCACAACAAAUGAGCUUUUAGAGUCGAGUAGGACGCGAGAAAUAGACGAUGCGGCAACGCUAUCGGAAGCGUAUAAAACUGCACCGCAGAGCAUAGCCGAUAGUUUAGUUUGCGAUAGUGAAAAACAUUUCGAGAAAAAAGAAUCAUUUUUGUUUUAUAACCCAUGUUACCAUUAUGAGGAAGAAAAUACAGUAGAGCCACCACUUGAACCACGUUUUACCACUGAUAAUUCUCAGCGGGCUAUAUCCCUCGAUUCGCACGAACCGAAUCGCUUUGAUUCGGUGCCAAUAUUCGAAGUGUUGCCCACAAAUAAUAUCGAGGACUAUUCUCGUCAACCGGCGUUAAAGCAUAUAGACUCUCUGUUGCUUUACGCGAGAUUCAAGACAAAACGAUGGAAAACAACUUUGGAGAUUGGCGAAGGAAAACCUUUGCGGUUUAUUACAUUUUACGAUGAGGCACAACUUGUUAAUAAGUCAUCGGAUGUGGACGUUAUUUUUGGUAGUGCUCGAGGAUUAAAUUAUAAACUUCAAUGUUGGGACGAUUCUCGUAUCGCUUGGUUGGCUGAGCUCGAACGUCGUCACGAGGUAUAUCGCCGACGUCAAAAACGUGCCCAGCUACGUAAAUUGAAACAACAAGCCGCCCAAAGUCGCUUAGGGCAGUGCUCGUUUUGGUGUCACCGACUACGCUCCUGGUUUGCUAAAUGGAAUAGGUAAUUGAAACGAUUCUUUAGCCCAAAUAAGCAGGCUUUCAAAUUUUUAACUCAUUUCGAAAAAAAAGAUGUAUUGUUCGUAUUAAAUUGAGAAUUUGAGUUGUAGUUGUUGCAAAAUGUAAAUAAAGCAUUUUUGAUUCUCACGUA